AUGGCUGUUACAGCCGGCCUCAAGGUUACAAACACUUCCUUGAAAAGUCAAGAUGAGAUGACAUCUGACUCACAGCUGGAGCAUUUAGCCUGGGAAACAGUAUCUGCUGAGCUGAGCAGAGGAAAACUAUUGGUGCCUGACAGCUUGAUUAUAUCUUCAUUCCAAGAGAGUUUUGAACUGGUCAAUAAUGCACUUAAUUACACACUACAGAGGUUGCAUUCACAGCUGUCCCCUAUGCAGAUGUACAUGCUCUCCAGACAAGCUGCAUCUGAAACCCAAGAAAUCUCGAAAGCAGCAGAAAUCUUUCAAAUGACUUUAUGGCUUUUAAAGGACAAGGCAAACAUGAGGCAUAAAAGAUCACUUCUAGAGUCAGAGCUGCUUUACAUGGAUGCAGCGGAGCGGAUAGCAAACCUGUCUGGAUGUCCUCAGACAUUUCAGCUCACCACCUGUGCCAUGGGAGGAAAAUACCGCAGUAUUUCUGGAGUCUGCAAUAACAGAAAGAAACCUCUCUGGGGAGCGGCCAAUAGUGGCUUAACCCGCUGGCUUGCCGCCGAGUACGAGGAUGGAGAAAACCAACCCAAAGGCUGGAACUCUGAGCGGCGAUACAGCGGCUUCCAACUUCCUCCGGUUCGUGAAGUCAGUAGUAAAAUCAUGCGUGGCUCCAGUAUGCCAGUCCUGGAAGAUAACACUUAUUCCCAGAUGUUGGUGGAUUGGGGCCAGUACAUCGACCAUGACAUCUCCUUCACCCCACAGAGCUCCAGUAAAGCUGCCUUUGCCAACGGUCUGGACUGUCUGGGCAGCUGUAUCAAUGCAAACCCCUGCUUCCCAAUUCAGAUUUCCAAAAAUGAUAAACUGUCUAGGGGUAAGAGCUGUCUUCCUUUUUUCCGCUCUUCACCCGCCUGCACAAACAGUCAGACACACACUCCACACGGUGACUCACAACACACUCUACAGCGACAACAAAUGAAUUCAGCUACUUCCUACAUCGACGCCUCCACCGUCUACGGUCAAUCAGCACUACUCGAGAAAACACUGCGGAAUCUCUCGAGCGCUGAUGGUCUGCUGGCUGUCAACAGUGAAUACAGUGAUAAUGGCAACUCGUACCUGCCGUUUGUGCCUGCUCACCCAUCUGCGUGCUUCCAGGAGCCCGGUUCAGGGUCGGGUGUGCGGGUCGAUUGUUUUGCGGCGGGUGACAGCAGGGUCAAUGAGAUUCUCGCCCUGUCUGCCCUCCACACACUCUGGGUGAGAGAACACAACCGCGUGGCCACACACCUGAAACUACUCAAUCCUCAAUGGGGGUCAGAGGUCACCUACCAGGAGACACGCAAACUCAUUGGUGCACUUCAUCAGAUCAUAACCAUGAGGGACUACAUUCCAAAAAUCAUUGGACAAGAUGCUUUUGAGAAAUACGUAGGACCAUACAAGGGCUAUAAUGACUCUUUGAAUCCUUCUGUUUCUAAUGUAUUUGCCACUGCUGCAUUCCGCUUUGGCCAUGCAACCAUUUCACCAGUGUUAAGAAGACUGAACGAGAGCUUCCACGAACAUGAGCAGUUCUCUUCCUUGAAUCUUCAUCAAACGUUCUUCAGUCCAUGGAGACUAGUGAGAGAAGGGGGGUUAGAUCCAGUUAUGCGUGGUCUUCUGGGCCAGUCAGCUGCCCUUCAGGACCAGGAUCAUCUAUUGACUGAGGAACUGACAGAUAGACUUGUGGUUCUGAACAUUCCUGAGUCUUUGGAUCUGGCAGCUCUAAACCUGCAGCGAGGACGAGAUCAUGGUCUACCUGGUUAUAACGACUGGAGGGUUUUCUGUGAAUUUGACAGAGCUGAAACUAAAUCAGAUCUUAUGGAUGCGGUUGGAAAUGCAGCUUUGGUGGACAAAGUAAUGGAUCUGUAUGGACAUCCAAACAAUAUUGAUGUGUGGCUCGGUGGACUGUUGGAGCGCCCACUGCCAGGCGCUCGGACUGGGCCACUGUUUGCAUGCUUGAUCGGAAGACAGAUGAAGAUGCUGAGGGAAGGUGACAGAUUCUGGUGGGAGAAUCCAGGUGUGUUUUCCCCAAAGCAAAGAUGGGAACUACAAACACACUCGCUGUCUCGCGUCAUCUGUGAUAACAGUGGCGUGUCCGAGGUUCCCCUUGAUCCAUUCAGGAUAGGAACUUACCCUCAGGACUUUCUUUACUGUGGUAACAUCCCAUCUUUGGAUCUGGAGGCAUGGAAGGAGACGCCUGACAAUGAUACUGGGUGUGUAUUUGUGUGA